AUGGAAAUUGAAGGCACAUCAUCUCAACCACUACCAUGUCAACUUACUUCAGAAGAAAGUUCACAUCAACCAACUAUGAAUGAAAGUUGUAAUCCGUUAGCUAAUGUUUCUACACAAAAUGAAACUGUGCAAACACCACACGAUGAGACAAAUGAUAAUAUGACAGAUGAAAUACCCGAAGAUCAUAACAAUAGACUUAAAAGUAUUGUAUGGGAUCAUUUUACAAAGGUCAAAGUUGAUGGAAAAGAAAAAGCUAAAUGUAAUUAUUGCAAGAAAUUGCUUGGUGGGAGAGCAAGAGACGGGACCUCACACUUGCACGGACAUAUGAAAAUAUGUACUCCACGUUUGUCUACCAUGAGACAUAAUAACGGACAAACAUUUCUUACUGCUAAGGUCUUGCAAGGUAAAAAGGAGUUGGGGACUGGAAUUUAUGAUGCUGAAAAUGCUAGGAAAGAGCUUGCACAUGCAAUUAUUUUGCAUGAAUAUCCACUUUCAAUAGUGGAGCAUAUUGGUUUUAGGAGAUACUCAGCCUCUCUCCAACCAUUAUUUCAAGUUCCUUGUAGAAAUACUAUAAAAAAAGAGAUAUUCAAAGUGUAUGAAGUUGAGAAAACCAUAAUUUUGAAGUUGUUAGAAACUCUCCCACAAAGAGUGGCCAUUACUUCUGACAUGUGGACUACGAGCAAUCAAAAAAAAAAGGUCAUUGAAUGUGAAUCUUCUUAUAUUAAGUUUAUUUAUGUUCCUGCCCCUCAUACAAGUGAAAGACUUUGUAAUGCAUUGGUUGAAUGUUUGAUGGAUUGGAAUAUUGAUAUAAAAUUGUCCACUAUCACUUUAGAUGAUUGUAGCACUAAUGAUGCAAUGAUUGAAACAAUUAAGGAUAAGUUGCAAUUGAAUACAUUAUUAAAGGAUGGGGCCUUACUUCACAUGCGUUGUUGCGCGCACAUACUUAAUUUGAUAGUAAAAGAUGGGUUAGAAGUUGUGAAAGAUGGAGUGAAGAGGAUUCGAGAUAGUGUUGCAUAUUGGACUGCAACACCUAAAAGGAAGGAAACGUUUGAGGAGACUGCCAAACAAUUACGAAUCUUUUGCACUAAUAAUUUGGUUUUAGAUUGUCCGACUAGAUGGAAUUCAACUUACAAGAUGCUUGAUGUUGCCAUUUUGUAUGAAGAUGUAUUUAGUCGAUUAAGACAACGUGAAUCCCAAUACACUGGUUUGCCUACAAGUUUACAUUGGAAAUUUGCAAAAGAUAUUUGUGGCAAAUUGAAAUUGUUCAAUUCUAUCACUGAAGUGUUCUCUGGCACUAAUUAUCCAACUUCCAAUCAAUAUUUUCCUAAGAUUUGUAUGAUCAAAAUUGCAAUAAAUGAGUGGAUUAAAUCCUCUGAUGCAUUGAUAAAAAAAAAUGGCAGAGAAUAUGUUAAGAAAAUUUGA